CCAGCCUAGCCUACUGUCUGUCACAUCACUGCUAAGUGCUAACACAACCUGAGCUAGCUUGGGGGGGAAACUUAGCCAUGAGCUAACCAGCAGCUAAAAGAUCCCUCCUGUCGUUUAUCCAAGCGCUUCUCCAAGGCGGCACCGACGUGUAGCAUUUCUAAGAAACCGGGAUCACAAUUCAAACAGCUGGAGUCUCAUUGACACGGCCUUCAUUUCACAGUCCUGACUUUUCCUCAGAGCCAUGGCAGCUGCUAAACCCAAAGGGCAGAACUCUUUAGCCCUUCACAAAGUGAUCAUGGUGGGCAGCGGCGGUGUGGGCAAGUCGGCUCUCACGUUGCAAUUCAUGUAUGACGAGUUUGUGGAGGACUACGAGCCCACCAAAGCCGACAGCUACAGGAAGAAGGUGGUGUUGGACGGCGAGGAGGUACAGAUCGACAUCCUCGACACGGCAGGACAGGAGGACUACGCCGCUAUCCGGGACAACUACUUCCGCAGCGGCGAGGGCUUCCUCUGUGUCUUUUCCAUCACGGAGUUGGAAUCAUUUGCGGCGACAGUAGACUUCAGAGAGCAGAUCCUACGGGUGAAGGAGGACGAGAAUGUCCCUUUUCUCCUGGUCGGCAACAAAUCCGACCUGGACGACCGGCGGCAGGUGAGCGCCGACGAGGCCAAGGCCCGCGCCGAGCAGUGGGGGGUGUGCUAUGUGGAGACUUCGGCCAAAACCCGAGCCAACGUCGACAAGGUGUUCUUUGACCUGAUGAGGGAGAUCCGCGCGAGGAAGAUGGAGGACAGCAAAGAGAAGAACGGAAAGAAGAAAAGCAAAAGUUUGGCCAAGAGAAUCCGGGAGAGAUGUUGUAUUUUAUAGUGGUAAAAAAAAAAAAAAAGGCCAGAGAGCUGCUUUUGUGUACAUAUAUACAUUUCUUAGACUUUUGAUUUUGUUCCCGCAACCUGACCCCUGCUUUGUAACGGGAUGUCGUGACCGCGCAUCAGGGAGUAGAGAGGUCCACUUACAUCAGUUCUAGAUCUUAACUUUUUCACGUGCUGACACUCCAAAUGGUUCCUCUGAGUGUUUGAAAUUAAGCCUAAUGCUCACAAGACGUUGGCGUGUCUUGAUAAAGUUGAUAGUUGAAGGUUGGCGCUGACAAAUGUGCUUCAAAGUCACUACUGGAUUUUAUAUUGAUAUUAAUAUAUUGCAUAAAAAAGGUAGGGUCAGGCUUCAACACUUUGAAUUUGAUUACAUAUACAUAUAUACGGUCUUGAUCCCAUUUAGACUCCAGCGUUUCACAGUGCAGUGCGUCUAUUAACCACAUUUACUUUAACAUCUUAUUUCAUGCAUUCAACGCACUCAUUUCCCUCCCCCCCAAUGCACAAACAGAGCAUGACCCUGAAAUUCUUUUUUUCCACCACUUGUGGGUCAAACAUUUCAACAAUUUUUAACCUCACCUCAAUGAUUAAUUACUGUCAUUGCCUUUUUUAAUACGAUUAAUAAUUCUUAUUGUUCUAUGAAGUAAUCUCUGGUGCUUAAAUACAAAGUCAGUGGAGUCAUACUACACUGGUGUCUUGAAGUCAACAAAUGAUAGAGUGUAAACAUGCCAAUUUUUACCUUUUUUUUUUUAAAAAAUGACUAUGUUGUGUCAUUCUUUUUGCUUUGUUUCUUAAUUGGGCUGAUGUGACAACACUACUGCGUGAAGGGAUUUUAGGUCACUUAUUUAAGGGACAAAAAAAAGGAAGGCCAGAAAGCAAUUAGGCGAUUCAGUCACCAAAGAAAACUGCUAGCUACUACGAAACAAGUGCCCACUUUUCAAUUGAAGUGAAUCACCAAUCUGGCAAAAGGCGGAGGGCUGCUUCUUUAUCGUCUUUGAUUUCAUGUACAGUGCACGCCGCUGCCUACCUGUCCGUGUUGAAUGUGAACAAUCCCGUCUCGCCAUUCCGUUUGCCUGGAGGCUGCCAAUCAUGUGCUUUCUACCAAGCUGCCCUUUCUUCUUACUUGUUAUCCCGGUGUCAGCGUGUCAGAAUGCCACCGUACCACCUGAAUGGUACCAGCCAACGAUGAUUCCUUACUUCCAACACACACAAAUGACAAUUUUAGCAACCAAAACACACUGUGCCCCGUCAUUCCCGCCCUUUGCUAACGACUGAGCCGCAGGCAAUCAUAUGCUACGGCCGCUGAUAUAAUAAGACACCCAGAAAUGGACGCUAUGCAACAAAACUGAUCCAUGUUUUCAUUUCAAUCCCCAGAUUCUCCUGGCGUUGACGGCGAGCUAUAUGUGUAACUGUACAGUCACUAAUGCAAAAGAAUACUUGUGGUAUUUUACUAUUUAUUGACAAAAAAAAAGCACACAAUGGUAAGAGUGGCGUUAAGACAUGACAUUUUGGAGGCAAGCCCGAAAUAUUUGGAAUGUUUUUUAUUGGGGGGGGGGGGGGGUUAAUGUAAAGGCUAACCUCCAGCACAAGAUGCCACAAUUGAGACACCCCUUCAAAGAGUCAUAGUGGUCAUCCAUCUUUAUAAAGUGCAGUGUGCUCUCAUUGCUAAAGCUACUAAAAACACUUCGCCAUAGUGCUUGCUAACAUUUGCUUUACUGUUUGUUCUAUUAAUUCCAGAUUUGAGCAAUUCAAAUACAAAAAAAUAAAAAUAAAUUGCCUUUUUAUAUUAAUAGCCUAAAAAAUAGAACUAUCUAUACAGUAUAUGUCUAUGUUUGGUUGUUUGGAUGGUGGGCCAUCAUUUAUAAACGCUACCUUCAUGUUUACUUUUUUUUUUAACAUAACCACUAAUGUAGCCUACCUGUCUGUGAGUGCAAGAGAUGUCGACGCUUACAUUUCAAUUGUGUGUGAGUGUGUGUGUGUGUGUGUGUGUGAAAUGGCAAAUAAAGGUGAUAUUACUAAUGGUAA